AUGACUACAAAGGACAAUAAAUAAAGCUGCUAGAGUUCCACUAGCGAUGAAAAUAGCAUUCAUAAUUAGGUAUUACUCCUACAAUAACUUAACAACGCUAAUAACAGCAUGUAUUCAGCUUCUCCUAGAGCUAAUCAGCUCUCCUCAGUCUAGGCUGGUAGCCUAGCUGCUAGUGGCUGCGAUGCAUUCUAAUAAAAUGCUUCUGCCCAUUCCAAGGCUGCUGGUGUUAAUGCUUAAUCUUCUUCAGCUGCUUCCUAACAUGGCAGAUGGACUAAAGAAGAGCACCAAAAAUUCCUCGAAGGACUCAAUAUCUACGGAAAGAAUUGGAAGAAGGUAGAGGAGCACAUUGGAACUAGAACAGGCGCUUAAAUUCGUUCUCAUGCCUAAAAGUUCUUUAACAGACUCGAAAAAGAGUUUGGAAAGACAAAUGUCACUAAGGAUUUGAAUGCAAAUAGCGCCUCAGCUUAGCAAAGCCAGCAAAUACAACAACAAAAAUAACAAAAUCAAAUCUCAAGCAGCUAAGCAAAUUCUUCGUUACCAAAUCAAAUUCAUUCACUUUAAUAGAAUGCUCCAACCCAGCAACUUAACUUCGCCUCAGCUAUCUAAUCCGACUACGCUAAGCACCUACUAAAAAACGAAAGACAGUAAGAUUUCUAUGAAGAUAUGACUCCUAUGAUAUCACAUUUGAAUAGCUCACCUGAAUCAGGCGACAUCCUUUAAAAUCCCUUGCAUUUGAUUUCAUAAAACAACUCUGCUUCUAUUAACAUUAAGCCUGUUUUAGACUCAUCAAUUGAUGGAGCUCCAAAGAAAAAGAAUUGGAGUUAAAUCUUAAGCGCUUAGGAGAAAAUGAAAUAGUAAGCAUUAAAUAGCAAUAACAGCAUAUUAGGAACAGCUAACUAGAACGUGUUAAGCAAAAAGGAGAAGAAAUUUCUCUCUAAAAAUGAAAAAAGAAUAACUGAUUAAUUAAGCUAAUUACUUGAUCAGCAAUGCUAGCACUUAACUUAAAAUAUUCCUUAUGAGAACUAAGCAAAUAAGGAAGUAGAUUUUGAUUCAUUCAAUAACAACGGAGUCGAUUAAGAAGUCUCCCCAAGCGAUUUCAUCAGUCAAUCUCUUCUAAACUCAAUUUUCGAGCCAGCUGAUAUUGAAACUCAUCUUAUUUAGUUCUACAUUGCGCAAAUGAAUCUUGAAUAACUUAUUAGUUAAAAGAAAUAGUAUGACUUAAAUGAGGUAUCUCCUUACAUGCAAAAUCAAAUUAAGAAAAAGAAAUUAUCGAUUGAUUCAAUUAGCACUAGCGGUGGAAAUAACAUGAAUUUUGUUAAUAACUUAGCUAAUAAUUUGGACAAUAUCAGCACCUCUUAGUUAAGCCACUCAACUGGAAUUUCAGCCACUUCUCCUUCUUCUUCUGCUUUUUCAGCUGCUCGUCUUAGCUAAAACAAGAUCGCUCAACCAUAACCCAACAACUUCGCAGCUGUAUAAUAAAACCGUAAUCAGAAUAUUUAAAAGAAUCAACUCAGAAACUCAGUGCCAAAGUAAGCAAAUGAAGAUAUCAGUUAAAUCUCAGAAUAUCAAUAAUCCUUAUUAUUAUUCAAUCUCUUGCAAGGAUUGACCAACUCAUAACAAUAGAACUAACCAACUGAGGAUCUCUAAAAGAAUAGCAGAAAACAGGCCAUUAAAGAAGCUACUCCUAAAUUCAACUAACCAUCUGCUGUAAAUAAUAGUUCUCAGAACUAAGAUUAAUCUGAUGAAGUUGAGCUUUUCAAGCAUUUGUUAGUAAACCUUUAAUAAAGACAAGCCAAUUAAUUCAAUUAAAGCUAUCCAAAUCAAAGCAUCCUUUCUUAAAAGCAAGGCUCUAGUACAAAUGCAAAUUUCAAAACCCCAUCACUACCUAACACAUUCAAUGCCAAGAACGAUUAGACAUCAUUGAAUUUCAUGUCAACAGAAGAAGAGGAGGAUGAUGACAACAGUAGCUUCGACUUAAUUUAAAAGCAAUUAAUGCAAUUCAUUGCCCCUCAAAAAUAAACCAUAGAACAAAACCCUAGUCUAUAACUCUUAAAUGCCUUGAAGAAUGGUCAUUUUUGA